GCCUGACCAACCCGCUGCUCAUGUUGCUGCAGUAUCUGGCGCCCGUGAUGGCGCUUGUGUGCGGCAUCUUCUCGCUGCUGCACGAGCCGUGGUCCUCGCUCGCCUCCUUGCCCUACUUUGACACGUGGCCUCACGCCCUCUGGACCCUCGCCGUCAUGCCCGUGGGGGGCGUCCCUCGCCUUCUGCAUGGCUGUCGCGCAACAAGGCACAUGAGUCUGAAGGCCAUCGGGUGCACGCGCUCAGUGAUGAGCUCCUCCCUCACCACCCGGGGGCAGGCCCUCAGACCAACUCUAGCUGCCUUUUGA